AUGAAGACUGCCCAAGGCCUAAGGAAACACCUGAACAAGAAGCUCAAGUGUGAUCCUGCUUCUGUUGCUGCGCGUGCCGCUGAGCGCAAGAAGUCGAGACGACUUUCAGCAAAAACGUACUACUACCGCUUUAAGCGUCUAUGA